AGUCAGCGUGGCGGGUAGUAAGUGGAGGGGAAGAAUGUUUCUGUCUCUUCCUACGUUGACUGUCCUUGUUCCGCUGGUCUCGUUAGCAGGGCUGUUAUACUCGGCCUCCGUGGAAGAAAACUUCCCACAGGGCUGCACUAGCACGAGCAGCCUGUGCUUUUACAGCCUGCUCUUGCCGAUCACCAUACCCGUUUAUGUGUUCUUCCACCUUUGGACUUGGAUGGGUAUUAAACUCUUCAGGCAUAAUUAAUACAACCAGAGCCAAGACGGUAUAUCCUAAUGAUAGGCUUGAGUGUCUGCCUCUGAAAGCUCAACUACAUGGAAAUACUGGACACCCACGUAAUGUGCAAGAAAGAUGCUUUGCCUAGCUUCUGUCGGAGGUUUAGGAUUAGGGGAGGCUUAAGCUGCAGAGGCUUCUUUAUUGUACUUUGGUUCUGCCCUUGUUUUUUGAAGGUUCUUAUUUAUACCUGGGGUAUCAGGAGAAACAUUUCAACAGAGUGUCUUGUUGGAAAUUAAUAGCCCCAGCCAUCAUCUGAUGACUUUAUGUCUUAUCCCAUUCAUAAUUAAAAGUUACUAAUUUGAAAUCUUAUAUGUUUAUUUUACAUUCAGAGUCUGGUAAAGUCACAUGUUAAGGAUGACUGACAUAAUUCCAGAGGAGCUCUGUUGGGGUAGUUGUAGAGAAAUGGAUUUGAACUAAUGUGGUAUAAAACUGUAAUAAAAUGGAAACUUCAUGUAUUUGCCAAAAUUCUGAGUUUGUAAAAUUACCUUCAUUUCUUUGGCAUCACAUGCUUACAUUAAUAAUAAAAUAAGAUAUUGACAUUUUCCAUAAAACAAUUUGUAGUUUUGUGGGGUUUUUAUCCCCCUUUGGUCACUAGAGUGUGAUUCUAAGGAAGAGAAAAUGUAAAAUAUUCUAAAUUUUAAACUUAGAAUAUUUAGAGAGACACAUAAUAGCCAAAAUAGAAUAAUUUCCCAGGAAAGUAUGUGCCUCUGGAGGUAGAGGUGGGGUUGAAAGGUUUGCAAAUAGCUGAUUGUGUCCUGUUGAGUUGAGGGCUACGUUUUGAGGCACAUUUCAGUUUAUUUUCCUGCCACAGGAGACCUAUUUAAAUAGCACUACUAAGGGCAUGAGCAUUU